CCACGACACCGACCCGGAGCCCGUCCGGGAUGGAGGGAGAGAUGCAGCCCGCAGACGAAGGGCCCUGUGCCCCGAAGAUGUGCAGACAACCACGGGGUCCGUACAGCAGCCUGAAGACCUUCCAGAGCAAGCGCUCGGCGGGCAAGUCGCGCUUGGACAGGUCCGCCGUGGUCGAGGUGCCUCUGUUUGGAGACGGGCAUCACUUCACUUUCCAUCCCGAGCAGCCUCAUCGUUUCCAGCCCCAUCAUCAUCAUCACCACCACCACCACCAGCAGCACCAUCGUCUGCAGCAGCUCCACCACACCAGCGUCGCCAUCAGCAGCAGUCAGCAGCAGCAUCGUUUCCCAUGUGAGGCCAGGCCCAGCAGCAGGGUCCCGACAUCCACCGCAGCAUCUCCUGGUACCCAGCAGCGGCGCGCCAGCAGCGGCGGAGCGGAGCCCAGGUUGUCCCCAGACUGCACCUACGGCAUCAGCUCAGAAAACCGUCUGAUCCUGGACGCCUUCGCCCAGCAGUGCAGCCGAGUCCUCAGCCUCCUCAACAACGGCCGCCUCCUGGAGCCCCCCUCCUCCUCCUCUUCAUCCUCCACCUUCACGUCCAACAUCAAGCUGGAGGGCGGGCCAGGGGAGGUACAGGGGCUUCACUGCUCCUCGCUGGGGACGUCCAAACCCGAAGAGAGCUCUUCCACCACGGACCCAGAAGAGGAGGCCAAACAAAGCCAUUUGAACCAACAGCAGACCUCCGCCGUUCUCCGCAUCUUCACGGACUCCCUACAGAACUAUCUGCUCUCAGGGCCUCAGCAGCAGCAGCAGCAGCAGCAACAUCUGUCUGCCGGUCUGGACGAUGAGCAGUGUGUGUCAGCAGAGCCCGGCUCAGGGGUUUCUCCUCCGAGACACAACCUGGGCGGCUGGGGCUCGCCGACUCCGUCAGAGUCGUACGGCCACCCGUCGUCCACGCUGCCCGAGGAGGAUGAGGAGGAGGAGAACUGCUGUCCACGCUGCCUGGAGCUGGAGCAGGAGGUGCUGUCUCUGCAGCAGGAGAACGAGGAGCUACGCAACAAGCUGGAGAACGUCCCAGUUCCCUGUCAAAAUGUCCUCGACUACUUCAAGACUGUUCUUGAGUUUAACAACCAGCUGGUCCAGCCGAUGCCGGAGGAGCAGCUCACCGAGGAAGAAGAACGGCAAACAGUCUUUGAGGGCAGCAAACAACUGCUGGAGAACUAUCCUCUCUUCAUCUCCAAUAAGCAGUGGGACGAAGCCGUCAACUCCUCCAAGAAAGACGGCAGGCGGCUGCUGCGCUACCUGAUUCGCUUCGUCUUCACCACAGACGAGCUCAAGUUCUCCUGCGGUUUGGGCAAAAGGAAGCGUUCGGUCCACUCAGGAGAUCCAGGCCUGGAGAGACGGCCGCUCAACCCCGUCAAAGUCAGCUGCCUCAGAGAGUUCAUCCGGAUGCACUGUGCCUCAAACCCAGACUGGUGGAUGCCGUCAGAGGAGCAGAUCAACAAGGUGUUCAGCGAUGCCGUCGGUCACGCUCGUCAGGGCCGGGCGGUCGGUACGUUCCUGGGCAGCAGCGGCAGCAGCACCAGCAGCCUCUACAUGGACGGCUUUGAUGGACAUCUGUCCCAGGACGAGCUGUAUCUGAAAGGCUGCCAGAACGGCCAGUCGGACUGA